AUCAACAUGAUCACUGAAGAUGGAGAGUUUGAAGCUUGGAAUUGAGAAGUUUGAUGGAUCCAAUUUCAGAAUCUAGAAGAUGCAGAUCAAGACUAUCUGUACUAGAAAGAUCUUCAUGAAUCCUUGACCGAGGUGAAGUCGGAUUCCAUUACAGAGGAGCGCAGCAAUGGAAGCUCAUGGAUCGUCAGGCGUUGGGGAUGAUCCGGUUGACUUUGACAAAAUGUGUGGCGUUCAACACCGUGAAGGAGAAGACUACGACGGGUCUCUUGAAGGCCCUAUAAAAUAUAUACGAGAAACGAUCUGCAAUGAACAAGAUGAAAUUAAAGUGUUGAUUUUGUUGUCAUCUCUGCCCGAGUCUUGGGAUAAUGUUAUUACUGCGAUUAGCAUUUCCCGUGGAUCUAAGAAGCUGAGGUUCGAUGAAAUCCGUGAUGUUGUUCUUAGCGAAACAGAGAACAUUGGGGAUGCUCUAAUCCUUAGUGUGGACAAUCUGGUUCAAUCCUGGAUUUUGGAUUCUGGUGCAUCUUUCCAUUCGUCACCAAGCAAAGAAUUAUUCCAAAAUUUCAAAUCUGAAAAUUUUGGAAAGGUGUUUCUUGUUGAUAACAAGGCCUUGAUGAUUGAAGAGAAAUGGAAUGUCUGCAUAAAAACACCAGAAGGAAAUCACUGGACAUUAGAAGAUGUCAAAUAUAUUCCUGGUCUCAAGAAGAAUCUUAUCCCUAUUCCUCAGCUGGAUAGCACGGACUAUGCAGCAAGGUUUGGGAAAAGUUACUGGAAGAUUGGGAAAGGUGUUAUGGUUGUAGCACGAGGCACAAAAUUUGGAACUUUGUACACCACUGCAUGGUGUAUUAAUAUGGUUGCCGAUGCUGAUGGUGCUUCUGAACCUGAGGUGGAGCACGUGACACCUGAGCGGGUGUUGAGGAGAUCAUCCAGGACUAUCAGGGCACCAGAUAAGUAUUCACCUUCAUUACACUAUCUGUUGCUAACUGAUGAAGGGGAACUAGAGUCCUUUGAUGAGGCCCUACAGCACAUCAGAAAACGGUACCAUUUCACUCGCAGGGCAGUGGACGCUGGUGAUAUGAGCUUGGAGAAGAUAGAGGGUGCAAAGAACUCGGCAGACAUGUUGACGAAAUGUGCUGAUGUUAGGAAACUGAGAUUUUGCAAGACCUCGGUUGGUCUUCUGUAAUUGUUGCUACAGAUGUUGCGGUGCGGUAAAGACAUUGAUGAUGAAGAGACAUUUUUUAUUUGAGAAUGUUAUUCUUGGAUGGGUAGAUCAGUCUCCAAGUGGGAGAAUUGUUUGGUUGUGGAGCUUGAUUCGUCAAAAUAACUAAAAUCAGUCAAAGAAGUUAAAAGUCUAUCGAAAUGCCAUUUUCCAAACAUGGUCAUAAUCGAAAAGUGGCCCAGAGAUUUAUUUACGGAAAAUUCUCUAAUUUGGGAUGGAGAGGGCAUAUAUUUAACAAGUAUUCCCUUUGUCCCAAAAAACUCUUUCUAAUUUU